AUGAUUUUCCCUAUCUUCUUCACAUUUUUUCUCCUCCUCUCCACUUCCCAUGCUGCAGUGCAGGACUUCUGUGUUGCAGACUUGACAGCUCCAGAAGGCCCUGCAGGCUACUCCUGCAAGAAGCCUGAAAAAGUUACAGUAAAUGACUUUGUGUUCACUGGCCUAGGCAUUGCUGGUAAUACCACAAAUAUCAUCAAAGCUGCAGUGACACCUGCAUUUGCUGCUCAAUUUCCUGGUGUCAAUGGCCUCGGCAUUUCGCUGGCUCGUCUGGACUUGGCUGUUGAUGGAGUCAUCCCAUUUCACACUCACCCCGGAGCUUCAGAAGUUCUGAUUGUUGUGGAAGGGACAAUAUGUGCCGGGUUUGUGUCCUCAGCUAACACAGUUUAUCUACAAACUCUUGAGACGGGUGACGUUAUGGUCUUCCCUCAAGGUUUGUUACACUUCCAAGUCAAUGGAGGUGAUACACCAGCCCUUGCCUUUGUUAGCUUCAGUAGUCCGAGCCCCGGUCUGCAGAUUCUGGACUUCGCAUUAUUCAAAAACGACUUACCAACCCCAUUGAUAGCUCAAACUACAUUCCUCGACGUUGCUCAGAUAAAGAAACUUAAGGGUGUUCUUGGUGGUACUAAUUAA